AUGAAAGCCUUUUCUAAAGAUGAAAUUUCUGUUCCAUCUCCUCAAACUUCAAACUGCACAUCAACUAGUGACCAUUCUAAUAAAGAUGAUCAAGAAAUGGGCUCUAAUGCAAUGUCGGAUGAGGGAGAGGUCUCGAACAACUCAGCUUUCUUCUGUUUCCCAUUCCACAUGGAUCUAAAUCUCGUUCGCGCGGUUUUUGCAGAGAUGGUGGGGACUUUUAUGUUGAUGUUCUGCGUAUGUGGGAUCAUAGCAAGCACACAGCUGAUGAGAGGGGAAGUUGGUCUUAUGGAGUAUGCAGCCACAGCAGGUUUAACUGUAGUUGUUGUUAUUUUCUCCAUAGGCUCAAUUUCUGGUGCUCAUGUCAACCCAGCUGUCACAGUAGCAUUUGCAACCCUUGGUCAUUUCCCAUGGUGCAGGGUUCCUGUUUACAUAUUGGCUCAAACAAUGGGUUCUGUUCUGGCAACAUACAUUGGGAGGCUUGUCUAUGGCAUAAAACCAGAUCUCAUGACCACCAGACCACUUCAAAGCCCUGCCUCUGCCUUCUGGGUUGAGCUUAUUGCAACUUUCAUGAUUAUGUUCCUAGCUGCUUCAUUGACACAUCAAGCCCAUGCUGUUGGCUAUUUGUCUGGAUUUGUAGUUGGCAUUGCCAUUGGACUUUCUGUGCUCAUCACAGGGCCUGUUUCAGGAGGGUCAAUGAACCCAGCAAGGUCACUGGGGCCUGCAAUUGUUGCAUGGAACUUCCAAGACCUAUGGAUAUAUAUUUGUGGCCCAACAAUUGGAGCUGUUGCAGGUGCUCGCCUGUUUCAAAUUCUACGCCUUCAGCCCUGCAGUCCCAGCAACACUUCCUCUUCCAAUAUCCGUCUGCUAGGCCAACCCUUGCCCUAUGAAGCGACUUAG